UUAUUGUGGGGAUUUUUUUGUUGGGGCUGAGGUGUGAAAUCGAGUGGCAGUCAUUUUGGGUUCUAGCUACAACUGUUUUUAAUCUGCAUUAUUUUCGGGUGUCUUUUAUGAAUAAUCAAAAGCAGCAAAAGCCAACGCUAACCGGCCAGCGUUUUAAAACUAGGAAAAGAGAUGAAAAGGAGAGAUUUGACCCUACUCAGUUUCAGGAAAGUAUUGUUCAAGGUCUGAAUCAAACUGGCACUGAUCUGGAAGCAGUCGCGAAGUUCCUUGAUGCCUCUGGCGCUAAACUUGACUACCGUCGGUAUGCCGAGACACUCUUCGACAUCCUGGUGGCUGGCGGAAUGCUGGCCCCGGGUGGAACUCUGGCUGAUGACGUGACCCGUACAGAGUUCUGUCUCUUCACAGCACAAGAAGACCUGGAGACCAUGCAAGCCUAUGCUCAGGUUUUUAACAAACUAAUCAGGCGUUACAAGUACCUAGAGAAAGGGUUCGAAGAGGAGAUCAAGAAGUUGCUGCUGUUCCUAAAGGGUUUCACUGAGUCGGAGCGCAACAAGCUUGCCAUGCUGACAGGGAUCCUCCUGGCCAACGGGAGCAUAUCUGCCUCCAUCCUGAGCAGUCUCUUCAACGAGAACCUCGUCAAAGAAGGUGUCUCGGCGGCCUUUGCUGUAAAACUGUUCAAAUCGUGGAUAAAUGAGAAGGACAUCAACUCUGUUGCCGCCAGUCUCCGAAAAGUGGGCAUGGACAACAGGCUGAUGGAACUCUUCCCUGCCAACAAGCGAAGCUGCGAGCACUUUUCAAAGUACUUCACCGACGCCGGGCUCAAGGAACUGUCGGACUUUGCCCGGAAUCAGCAGUCCAUCGGGGCUCGGAAGGAGCUGCAGAAAGAGCUCCAGGAGCAGAUGUCCCGCGGGGAUCCGUUCAAAGACAUCAUUGCCUAUGUCAAGGAAGAGAUGAAGAAGACCAACAUCUCGGAGCAGACAAUGGUCGGCAUCAUGUGGACUAGCGUGAUGAGCUCAGUGGAGUGGAAUAAAAAGGAGGAGCUGGUCACCGAACAAGCCAUCAAACACUUGAAGCAAUACAGUCCCCUCCUGAAAGCCUUCACCUCCCAGGGGCUGUCAGAGCUCACCCUGCUGCUGAAGAUCCAGGAGUACUGCUAUGAUAACAUUCACUUCAUGAAGGCCUUUCAGAAGAUAGUGGUGCUGCUUUAUAAAGCGGAUGUUCUGAGUGAAGAGGCCAUUCUGAAAUGGUACACCGAGGCCCACCUUGCGAAAGGAAAGAGCGUUUUCCUCGAACAAAUGAAGAAGUUUGUCGAGUGGCUCAAGAAUGCAGAAGAAGAAUCUGAGUCUGAGGAAGAGGAAGGGGACUGAGCCACACGUUUUUAAAAUAAAGUAGCAGGAGGAGCAGUAGAAUGUUUUGUUACAAAGUGCUUGUCUUUUUAGUUUCUUUUUUUCUAUUCUACCUCCUGUAUUUUCAACCAUAAUGUUUAGAUGUAAUUUAAGGGCUUUAAUAAUCAGUUCCAUUUUAACUCCUUUUUCUAAAUAAACUAACAAAAAGUUUACACUUGACAUAGCCGGAAUUGUGAAUCCAGCCUCACUAGUGUAUGAAUUCACCCACGGCAGAAAGUGUUGCUACAUUUGGAAAUCCUUAAAUUGACCUUGGCAUUCUUUUUGUACGGUUCUUAUGCUCCCUUUAUUCUGGAAUCAAACAUUCCAUUUGAUGUAGGUUACCGUCAACACCCACAAUUGCUGCUUUUCAAAAAGACUUGGACAGGACUCGGGUAUUUGGGUUACACAUUUGAGUGCAUUCACACUGCUUAUUUUAAGGAUGUUUUCCUUUUUCUUUGAACAGUUAUUGCCUUUUUGCCAAAGGAGUAAGCCCUGCUUUUUAAAUGUAGGUUUUAGCCAGCUAUAUUGUAUUCUUUUCACUUUGGAUAAAGUAUACAAGAAUAAUGUUAUGAUCAAAUGACAUGGCACCAGUGGAGUGUCAUUUGAACUGAAAUUGGACAUUGUUGGUAAUUUACAGUGCCAGCUCAUUGAUAUUGGUUGCUCUUUUCUUUACCCUGAUAUCAAUUGAAUUUUUUUUUAAAUAAAGAGAAUUAAAGAUG